GUCACAUUGGAGAGAAUAUAUUCAGCCUUGUCUAGAUCGUUUUCGCAGAUUCUUGUAAAAUAGAAUAUCAUGCCUGCAAUCACUUCCAAUUCAUAGAAGUGCAUCGACUUCUUUCCGCUGGCGGAUAACAGGGUUCACUGCAAUCAACAGCGAUUGUUCCUUUUUCGUCUGAACAUUAGAGAUUACCCCUGAGCAUACUGUUGUUUGCCAAUUGAGCAACCAUAUCGAAAAUGGGACCUUUCAACUUGCCUUGGGGUCUGACUGGGGCCUUGUUGGCAACAACAUAUCUCCAUUCGAUAUGUGUUUCUGCAGCUCCGUCCAUAAAUGUGGGAUUAAAGACAUCCUUCUCUUCGGCUCCAUACCUCGUUGAAUUAUUAGAAACUGCUGUAGAUGAGAAUGCUACAUCUUACUUCCCACUUCUCGAUCGAAUCGCAGACGGUCAUUUCUCCAAAGCGUCCACCGAAAAGGAGCUCUACGACCAAUUUGUACAGCUUCUCAGAGAUGAUGGACACAUGCAAGCAGAGAGCUUGUCCUCAUACAAGUUUGCACUAUCUAUGCGGUCUUUAGCACCUCGCAUCGAAGCACACUACCAAUAUUACCACACCGCAGCAGAACCAUCACUAAAAGCUGAGCAAGACACUUUUUGUCCUGUUUGGGUAUUGUUCAAUGGCAAACAAUACUGCUCUCCUUCCUUGAAAGAUGCCCAUGGAGAUGUGAAUUCAGAAACGCAGACACAAGAACUCCAGUUCGACCGAAUUGUUGGAAACUCAUCGGCACCUGCUUCUAUCCUUUAUGCUGAUAUAACCUCUCCGAUUUUUGGCAAAUUCCACAAGACACUCAUCAAGACAGCUCGAGAGGGGAAGACCUCAUAUCGUGUCCGACAUCGAAAGCCAUUGAAUAGUGAGCCGAAGCAACUUAUCAUACCAGGAUAUGGUGUCGAGCUUGCCCUCAAACGAACAGACUACAUUGUCAUUGAUGAUCGAGAAGAAAGCGAUUCCAAACCAAGUGCAGUCCCCGAAAAGGAAGUCAAAUUUGAGGAUGAAGAACUGGCUGAUCUGAAACCACUGUCCACGUCCGAAGUAUUUUCUCUCGCCGUGAAAGCAUCGAGCUUUAUAAUGCAAAGCGAGACGCCCUUCGAGACUCUUGUAAAACUAUCGCAGGACUUUCCCAAGUAUUCAAGUGCAAUCGCUUCUCACAACGCCACUAAAGAAUUCCUUGCGGAACAUGAAUACAAUCGCGGGCAGCUCGUUCCAGCAGGAUACAACAUCCUGUGGAUGAACGGCCUUCAAUUGAUUGAACGACAAAUCGAAGCGCUUGAUCUCCUUGACCUAGUGCGGAAGGAACGCAGAUUGAUCAACGGCGUCAAAGACCUUGGCUUGACUGGUCCAGAGGCAAUCCAAUUAAUAGCUCACAAUGAGAUUGCAUCUGUGAAAGGAGAAAGCGAUGCCCAGAGAUUCGACUGGAGAGACGAAAUCGAGGGCGGGAACGUUAUCAUCUGGAUGAACGACAUUGAAAAAGACAAGCGAUAUGCAGACUGGCCUACGAACCUCGCAGCAUUCCUGCAACGAACAUAUCCAGGACAACUUCCAACUGUUCGCCGAGACUCUUUCAACCUGAUCCUACCAGUAGACUUCACCGAUGCACAAGAUGUGUUGAUGAUAGUCGACACCCUUCUCAGUUUUGUGAAACGUAAACUCACUCUUCGUAUCGGUCUCGUCCCCAUCACUACGACGCCUCACCAGGUAGAGCAAGCCAGAGUCCUAUAUUACUUGCUAGACACGUAUGGAUUACAAGCUGUGAUCGCGUACUUACAAUCUUCGUAUUCUGCGAAGAAGCUUUCCGUGCCAAGCAAGUCAAGCUUCAAUUCUGCGGUUGAAGACCGUAAAUUGCGAGCUGAGAAGAUUGCUCGCCCUAUGGAAGACCUGCUCAAGACAGAAGACUAUCAGGAACAAGUCAAGGCUUCCCAGAAAUGGAUUCGAAGACUUUCUGCAGAUAGCAAGAUUCCUCCAAUGUUUGUGGAUGGUGUUGCACUUCCUCGGGACGAGAACUGGCUUCAGUCAAUGAGUCAGCGAGUCAACACAGAUCUCCAAACUAUCCAACAAGCCAUAUUUAUGGAGACUUUCACCGAGGAAUCGUGGCUUCCACUACACUUUUUGUCACAAGCAUCCGUUCGAAGGAACUCUCUUGUUGUACCAGAGGAUGAGAAGACACUCAAGCUAUUUGACAUCAACAAACUCUUGGGAGAAGAUCAAGAGUCAGUUAACCAAUUACCAUCUAUGAAGGCUGACCUAUCUUUACCAAAGAGCGACUGGGCUCACAUGAUUGUGAUUGGGGACUUGGACUCCGAAGCUGGCGUCAAUCUCCUUGCUACAGCCGCCGCUUCCCAGGAAGCUAAUCCUUCUAUUGAAGUCGUUUUCUUGCAUAAUCCAGCUCCUGGGGCCUCCAAGUCUGGUUUGAGCACCGAUAUCUUUGCCUAUAUGCGAGAUAAUUCUUUCAAGCCUCUGCCGGAUGUGGCCCAACUUAUGACAAUUCUGACCAAAGAUGAGCAAUCUUCAUCUGAUGCUUUCCAUGACGCCAAGGAUUACUGGCAUGCGUACGACAACAUUGUCAAGUCGCUGGCGCUGCGACCAGGGGAGAAUGCUAUUGUGUUGAAUGGUCGUUUGGUCGGACCUAUUCCAGCGGUUCCCGAUUUUGACACAGAUGAUUUCGACCAAUUGCUCUCAUAUGAGCGCUCGAAACGCAUCACCCCAACCUUCACAGCUAUCGAAGCACUGGGAUUAUCAGAAAAGGUUGUCGACCCCUUGUCAGCUGCGAAAAUCUCCUCCAUAGUAUCGAUCUCUACCAUGUCGGAUACUCCUGAUGGCAUCUUUGAACAAGCCUCAACGAUUAGGAUGGGACAAUUUAACAUGUGGAACUCUUCCCAUACGGUGAUUGAGACAGGAGAUGCCUCAAUAGCUACUAUACAAAUUACUGCACUUCUGGAUCCUGCCAGUGAACAAGGACAGCAAUGGAUACCACUUCUGAAAGUUCUAUCAGAGCUCGAUGGCGUUUACACCAAAAUCUUCCUGAAUCCAAAGGAACGCUUGCAAGAACUCCCAGUGAAGCGUUUCUACAGAUAUGUUUUGGACUCGAAACCUACCUUUGAUGAGAGCGGGGCACUCCAGCCACUUGGUGCCUCCUUCAGCGGCGUCCCCCAAGAGGCCUUACUUACAGUUGGUCUUGACAUCCCACCUGCAUGGCUUGUUGCUCCGAAAGUCUCAGUCCAUGAUCUUGACAAUAUCAAGUUGAGUUCUAUUAAGACCAACGUCGAUGCUCUAUACGAGCUGGAGAACAUUCUCAUUGAGGGCCAUUCAAGAGAGAUCCCAGGCGGUCAAGCUCCUCGUGGCGCUCAGCUUGUUCUUGGGACUGAGAGAGACCCUCAUACAGCAGACACGAUCAUAAUGGCCAACUUAGGAUAUUUUCAGUUCAAGGCGAAUCCUGGCUUUUACAAAAUCGAUUUGCAGGAGGGACGAAGCUCAGAGAUCUUCAAUAUCGACAGCAUUGGCUCCUUGGGCUGGAGUCCAGUACCAGGCGAUGAAACUACAGAAGUCGUCUUAAUGAGCUUCAAGGGUACCACCUUAUAUCCACGCCUCUCCCGGAAGACCGGCAUGGAGACCGAGGAUGUCCUCGAAGCAAAACUUGAAGGCAAGAUGGACUUUAUGUCUCGAGGUCUCGACUUUGCUCAGGGCUUCUUUGGUGGCAAGCAAAAAGCACUUGCUGAGAAGGAAGUCCAGGCUGAUAUUAACAUCUUUUCUGUCGCCAGUGGCCACCUUUACGAACGCAUGCUAAACAUUAUGAUGGUCAGUGUGAUGAAGCAUACAAAACAUACUGUCAAAUUUUGGUUCAUUGAGCAGUUCCUCUCACCAUCAUUCAAGGACUUCAUUCCAUAUCUCGCUGCAGAAUAUGGAUUCAAAUAUGAAAUGGUCACUUACAAAUGGCCGCACUGGCUACGCGCACAGACAGAAAAGCAGCGUGAGAUUUGGGGCUACAAGAUUCUGUUCCUUGACGUCCUCUUCCCACUGUCUCUCGAUAAAGUCAUCUUCGUCGACGCCGACCAGAUUGUUCGUACAGAUAUGAUCGAGCUUGUCAACCACGAUCUCAAGGGCUCGCCGUAUGGCUUCACACCAAUGUGCGACAGCAGAACCGAAAUGGAAGGGUUCCGAUUCUGGAAACAAGGAUACUGGGAGAAGUUCUUGAGAGGCUUACCAUAUCAUAUUUCUGCUCUCUAUGUUGUCGAUCUGGUCCGUUUCAGACAAUUGGCAGCAGGAGACAGACUGAGGCAGCAAUACCAUCAACUUUCUGCUGACCCCAACAGUCUUUCGAAUCUGGACCAGGAUCUGCCAAAUCAUAUGCAGUCCGUUCUGCCCAUCCAUAGUCUGCCUCAAGAGUGGUUGUGGUGUGAGACCUGGUGUAGUGACGAAGCACUCAAGGAUGCGAAGACUAUUGAUCUUUGCAAUAACCCGUUGACGAAGGAACCAAAGUUGGAUAGAGCUAGGAGACAAGUUCCUGAGUGGACAGUGUACGAUGAUGAGAUUGCGGCGGUAGAUAAGAAGCGCAAGGGCUUGAAUGGGGCAGAGAAAAACACAAAGAGUAGGACGCUGGAGGAACCAAUGGUGACUGAGAGCACGGCGUCCAAGAAGGAUGAACUAUAGAUUUGUGCUUUUCAAACAGUAGCAAAGAGAGCGAGCGAAUGUGUACAAUACUUGCAUAAUCAUGUUCUUACCUGGAGGCCCUCGGAUAGUGUGUCCUUGACGAACUGUGGGAAUCGUCCUUGUCUUUUCUUCCCUAAUCGUCUCUUCUUUCAUCUCAAGUUAGAAUUUCGGAGAAAAGCUUGCCCAAAUCUCACUGCUGAGUUUUCUGCUUAUUUGUAAUCUUGAUUACAACAAAUUAUAGUGCUUAAG